AUGGGAGCUUGUGUUUCACGUGAAUCUAUGAGGAGUGAUUCAGCGAAGGUUAUAUUGUUCGAUGGUACUUUACAAGAGUUCGCAUCUCCGGUCAAAGUUUGGCAGAUCUUGCAAAAGAAUCCGACGAGUUUCGUCUGUAACUCAGAUGAAAUGGACUUCGACGACGCCGUUUCAGCUGUCUCCGGGAACGAGGAGCUCCGGUCGGGGCAGCUUUACUUCGUUUUACCGUUGACGUGGCUUAACCAUCCGUUACGAGCGGAGGAAAUGGCGGCUUUAGCUGUUAAAGCGAGCUCGGCGUUGACUAAAAGCGGCGGUAUCGGAUGGGUUACCGGCGACGGUGAUGUAUCGGUUUCUGAUAAAACUUAUCAGUCAAAAAACAUCGCCGGAGUUAAGACAAACGGUGGUGGUGGAAGAGGUUGUGGUAAAGGAAAGAGGAGAUUUUCGGCUAAUUUGAGCACCAUCGCCGAGUAG